UCCAUAUAUAACAAAAAUGAAGCAACAAUAUAUUUUAAUAAUAUUUAUCAUUGGAAUAUCACUGUCAUCAGCUGAAUUAUCAAAAACAAAUGAACAACAAAAACAAUGUAAUGACAACAAUCCAGUAAUAAUUAAUUUUUUUUCAUGGAUUGAUUAUACUGUAUUAUCAAUAAUGCUUAUUGUCUCGUGUCUUAUUGGUACAUUUUAUGGUUUUCUAUCAUCAAAACAAGAAACAAAUAAUGAUUUUUUACUUGGUGGUUCACAUAUGGGCACUAUACCAAUGGCAAUGUCAUUGGCAGCAAGUUUUAUAACAGCUAUUGAAUUACUUGGUAAUCCAGCUGAAAUGUAUGGACAGGGUACACAAUUUUGGAUGACAUGUUUAUCAUUUAUAAUUGUUGUUCCAAUAACAUCAAAAUAUUAUUUACCAGUUUAUAUGAAAUUACGUUUAACAUCAAGUUAUGAAUAUCUUAAUUUAAGAUUUCAUAAACAUUGCAGAUUAUUAGCAAGUUUACUUUACAUGAUUCAAAUGGUACUUUAUACAUCAGUUGCUGUUUAUGCACCAGCAUUAGCACUCAGUCAUGUUACUGGCUUGGAUACUUAUAUUGCAGUAACACUAGUUUAUGUUGUUUGUAUAUUUUACGCAUCUCAGGGCGGAAUGAAAGCAGUUAUAAUGACUGAUACAUUUCAAGCAAUAAUACUAAUGUUAUCAUUAUUUAUAAUUGUUUUAUUGGGAAUAAAUGAUAUUGGUGAUUUUAUGGAUAUAUGGAAUAAUAGUAAAAAUACAAAUAGAAUUGAAUUUUUUAAUAUUGAUCCAAAUUUAACAGUACGUCAUAGUUUUUGGAGUGUUGUUAUUGGUGGUUCAUUUUAUUGGGCAACAAUGUUUUGUAGUAACCAAUCAUCAAUACAAAAAUAUUUAAGUGUCCAAAAUUCUUCACAAGUUAAAAAAGCAUUGUGGGUAUCAGCAAUAAGUUUAAUAAUAAUAUAUACAGUAAAUUUUAUAACUGGAAUGAUACUUUAUACUGUUUACAAAGAUUGCGAUCCACAAAAAGCUGGUUAUAUAACAAAAUCAGAUCAAUUAUUGCCACUUUAUGUUAUAAAUAUUAUGGGUAAAUAUCCAGGUAUACCUGGUUUAUUUGUUGCUGGUAUAUUUGCUGCAUCAUUGGGUACAGUUGCAAGUGCACUUAAUUCAUUAGCGGCAAUAACAUGUGAAGAUAUAUUUCAAGGUUUAUUUAAUAUUAAAAUACCAUCAAAUAAAGCUGUAUUAUAUGCAAGAUUAAUAAGUAUAUUUUUUGGAAUACUUAGUUUUUUAUUUGUAUUUAUUGUUGAACGACUUGGUAGUGUUAUGCAAGUUGCAUUAUCAUUUAAUGGUAUGGUUGGUGGUGUAACACUUGGUAUGUUUACACUUGGUAUGUUUAUACCAUGGGCAAAUGGAAAAGGUGCUAUUAUUGGUUCAAUAACAGCAUUAAUAAUUGUACUUUGGAUUGGCAUUGGUGCACAGGUUGAAAAUUUUUAUGAUGAAAUUAAUUUAGAUAGUAAAAUUACAUCAAUUGAUCAUUGUCCUUGUAUCAAUGAGACAACAGCUAUUUUAUUAUCAAUUAAUACUCAAGAAACAACAAUAUGGACAUCAACAAUAUCAAAAAUUUAUAAGAUAAGUUAUUUGUGGUACAGUAUGAUUGGUUGUAUGAUAACAGUCAUUGUUGGUACUGCUGUUAGUUUAUUAACUGGACCACAAAAUCCAGCUGAUUUAGAUAGUGAUUUACUUAGUCCACCAAUUAAAAGAUUUAUUGAUUCAUUAGCAACAAAAUCAUCUAGCUCCAAUGUCAAAGGAAUUACAAAUCUUUCAUUGGAACUUGAAGAUGACAAGAUCAAAUGCAACGUCAUCAAAAGUUCAAUUAAAUAAGUCAUCAAUAUUACAUAAUAUUAAUAUAAUUUUGAUGUAAUUUUUUUUUUUUGUUUUCGUUAUUAUUAUUAAAUAUUAAGUGAUGUGUAAUAUUUUAAAUUAUUUUUAAUUUUAAUAUAAUUUUGUUUUAUUUUUAAAAAAAUUUUUUUGUAUUUAUUGUUUUUUCGAUUUUAUUAUCUUUUAUUCUUGAUGGAUAACAGGUUUUAAUAUUUUUUAAUAUUUCAAAUUUAUUGAGAUUUUUCGAAUUUUUAAAUUUUAUAUUAUUGAAUUUUUUAAUUUUUUGUAUUUUUUAAAUACUUCAUUAUUCAUUAAUUUACAGGUCGUUAUUUUUAAAUGGUAUUGUACUUAUUUAUUAUGUAAUUUAAUUGUGUUGAGUAAAAAAAUAUUCUAGUAUUAAAAAUAUAUAAUUAUUGUAAAUAUUAAAAAUAAUUUGAAAUAUAAUAAAAAGAUAAUAAUAAAGUCAUUUUGGUACACGUCAUCAAGAAAAAAAUAAAAUUUAUCUCAUUUAAAAGCUGUAAAACAAAUAAAGUAUAAGAUUAUUUUUUUUGUUCAAAUAAAAUCUUCACAUUUAUAGGC